CUCUAAAGCGCCCAGCGCUCGCCUCCCGCUGCCGCACUUUCACUCUCGGUCCACCUCGGUGUCCUCUUGCCGUCCAGCUCUGCAGCCUCCGGCGCGCCCUCCCGCCCACGCCAUGGACGCCAAGGUCGUCGCCGUGCUGGCCCUGGUGCUGGCCGCUCUCUGCAUCAGUGACGGUAAGCCAGUCAGCCUGACCUACAGAUGCCCCUGCCGGUUCUUUGAAAGCCAUGUCGCCAGAGCCAACGUGAAGCAUCUGAAAAUCCUCAACACUCCAAACUGUGCCCUUCAGAUUGUUGCACGGCUGAAGAGCAACAACAGACAAGUGUGCAUUGACCCGAAAUUAAAGUGGAUCCAAGAGUACCUGGAGAAAGCUUUAAACAAGAGGCUCAAGAUGUGAGAGGUGUGAGUCAGACGCCUGAGGAACUUACUGAAGGAGCCUAGGUCUGAAGUCAGUGUUAGGGAAGGGCCCAUAGCCACUUCCUCUGCUCCUGAGCAGGGCUGAAGCCCUUUUCAAGGGACUUGCUUUGCACAAUAUUGCUGUACUUUCACAUUUUUAUUAUGUAGCAAGAUACAUGGUGAUUUUUUUUUUUUUUCACUUAGUCUGAUUCUCCAACAUCAUUGGUGACAGGCCAAGGCCACUAUGUUAUUUCCUUUGUUCUAGUGUCUUUCCCAUGGAGGACCUUCUCUGAGUAGUGGCUCCCCAGGUUUGUCUCUUGGAGCUGAGGCAGGGGGCUCACCCCAUUUCUGAAUAGGAACUGGGUGUCCCCACCCGCAAGGACUGCAGGGCUCUCCCAAGCUGAGGCAGGAGUGUGAGGCCAGGGAAGAGUGAGAUCCACCCUCAUCCCACGCUGUCCUCCUCAUCCCACCAUGCUCAUCACUCUGUCUCAUCCAUCCAUCCAUCCAUCGCCAUGUGUCUGCAAGACUGUCUCCAUGACCCUGAAAAAGGACUCUCAAGAUGAAAUCCUUUAUUCAAAUGGGACAGCAAGAAGGAAAAGCAAAUGUCUGGUGUUCCCCCCCAAACCCUGCGCGCAUCUAUGUCUUGUUUGGAAUAUUGUCUCUUCAACCCCCUGCUUGUCUUGUUCUCGCCCAUGACCAAUGUCUCGUCGGUGCACUGUCUCUAACCCAAAUGCAAAGGCUGAGUAUGAGGUGAUGGCCCCAAGGUCCAGGUUGUGGUCAUAAAAACAGCCCCGCUGUCUCCCUGCUCACUGGCCCAUCUUGGACACCCAAAACCCAAAGAAAGGUGGUUUGCAACAGCGCUUAGCUCGAAGAACUGUAAACCCUCCAUAUUUCCAUAACUGUUAGCUUAAAACUGUGGGGUUUUAGCUUUCUGGAACCAAAUGUAUUCUUCUGUUGAGGAGUAGCAUGUCUCAAUUCUUUUCAUUUAUUUUUAAAAGUCAGUGGAUAAGAGCAUCAGCCUUGGGCCCUGAUGGGCAGGCAUUUCUCUGGAAAGGUGGGUGAACUACCUUUCCAGAGACAGCUGAUCGGGUGGGACUGGUGCCACUGUUUGAAGCAUGGUCCCAUAAGUGUCCUCUGCCACUGCCACUUUGACAAAAACCCAGUUAAGAGCCAGUCUCUAGUUCCUCAAAUGAAAUGGGGUGAAGAAAGGAAAGAGGGCCGAGGCCAGCUGGCUGGACACCGGAGUAAAGAUAAUCUUCAAAAACAGGUGUUUGAGAGUGAACAAUCGGUAGAAUUGUUAGUGUUGUGUGUGUGUGGAGGGGGGCAUUUCUGUAAAUAGUCCUCUAAGUUGAGUUCACAGCAGAUGAAAAAUCCAACCAGAAAGAUUUUGAUCAAAUUUGAACAACAACAACAACAACAAAAACCCUAAAAAUGUUAAGCCAGUUGGCAUGAGGGGCAUAGGGCUAGUGGCAGAGCUGGAUCCUCACGAGGAUACUAAAUUAUUUUAAACCCUCCUGACUAGAACAUUUGGGGACCCCUGGGAUAGAAACCACACAACAAUUGCUGUGCAAUAAAUAGCCACUUUACAUCUAAUCCAAGCUUUGAAGGCCUUCUAUCUUCACUCCAGUUAGGGAUCCUUUCAAAGUCUCCUUCACAGGGAGGAAAAAGAGAAGGGUAGAAGAAACUUUAGGGAGCCGUAUUUGUGUAUCAAUUCCUCUGCUGACAGUCAGUUUCUAGAUGGAGACAGCCUGCCUUAAAGCAAACGCGCAUUUAAAUAGGACAUUUACAUCGGAAAAGUCUCUCCCCACCUUAAUCCCCCAUUCUCUUGCUUUCAAAAUACAAGCACAGCAGCCCUUGAAUGGUUGUUGACCACAGGACACCUAGCUGUCCCUGCUGGUCCUGGGUCUGCCGGGCGCCAAGUAACCUGCCAGGCAGCCAGUCCAUCCGUUACCAGCCUUUGCAUCUGGAUAGGGAAAGGGGGUUGGAGACACCUAGUCUGCUUUGUGUUGAAACCCAGAUCUGUACCCUGUGUUUAUACACUGCUGCUGGCUCCCGAGGACAGUGGGACAUUAGCAUGGAAGUGCAGCCGAGAUGGAAGAGCCCUCUGAUUCAUUGCCUGGUCGGCUUUGAGAGAGGGUUUGGAAAGCCAAAGGCUGCAUUCCUCUGUGGGACUUGGCCUGAGGCCGUAAACCUCUCCAAUGGGUUCUGUUUAUCUUCCCAUGGGUGAUUACCUCACAGAAGUCAGUCAUCCCCAGGCUGUGCACCCCUUUUGCAGCUGAGUGAGAGCUGGGGACCCGUUCUCUCCACACAGCUUCCCUGGCCCAUUUUAAGGUAAUCUCAUUCUUCAAAAUGUUCCAUUGAAUCCUCCAAAUUCCCCCAGCAGACUUCUGCCCUUGCCAAAUUCCCAACAGCCUACUCAGCAAAGUUGCCAACCUCGAUGGGCUUGCAGUGUCUAAGCAGUGAUGGGUUCAGUAUUGCAUGUGGUGAAUACUGUAUUUUGUUUCAGUUCUGUCUCCCAGAUAAUGUGAAAAUGGUCCAGGAGAAGGCAGCUUCCUAUAUGCAGUGUAUGCUUUCUUAUUCUCGUUUUUAAUAUAUGACAGUUAUUUGAGAAGCCAUUUCUACCUUGAAGUCAUAUCAAUGAAAAUGAUGUAUCUUCACCUACAAUUUUCCUAAUAAAGUUCUGUAUUCAAAUGUA